AUGACUGUCGAUAUACCAUUGGUCAACGGUACGACGCAGUGCACCGUGACUGCUUACUCCGAGAAGUCCUAUCAAGCAACCGUUAAGUUUUACUCGCAAUUCUUGAGCUUGGAACUAGAGACUAAAGAUGCAAAUUCAACUACCCUGCGUAACAGCACCGUCAGUUUGAAAGUUGUCCUGGAAGGUAAUGCAGAGAAGCAUGCGGAAAGCGAAGCUCGCUUCCAGGAAUUGACCGGCGAUCUCGAAAGUGCCGAUUGGAGAUCAUUAGCGAAUAGCUCUCUCGUUUUCAAAGCUGCUAACGUUGUCCAGUGCAAGGAAGCGCUGGAGGGUCAGGGCCCAGGUGUUCAGGUACAAGCAUACCCAACCGACUUGUUUCCCAUGGAACUUUACGUCGUUGACCCUGUCGGAAACGUUGUUGGUGUCACGAGGACGAAAAACGCUGUUAGCACGAUGCCUACGGCACCUCCAGCUUCCAAAGGCACUUUUACCUCAAGCGUGCCCUCCUCAGCUCAAUCCACUUCGGCUUUGAGCGAAAUUGAUGAAAAAUCCAUUUCCGCUGAGGUUUCUGAAGUCACAGCAUCGGCAUCAGGCCCUGGUGAAAAGGCCAUCGCAGUAAUGACCUCCGGCGGUGAUGCCCCGGGUAUGAAUGCCAACGUGCGUGCGAUUGUCCGGACUGCCAUUGCUAAAGGGUGCCGUGCUUACGUGGUCAUGGAAGGUUACGAGGGUUUGGUUCGUGGCGGCCCUGAAUAUAUCAAGCAGUUUUCUUGGGAGGAUGUGCGCGGUUGGUCCAGCGAAGGUGGUACAAACAUCGGAACUGCCCGUUGCAAAGAGUUUAGAGAGCGCGCUGGUAGAUUAUUGGGUGCCCUUCAUCUCAUUGAAGCAGGCGUUGAUGCCCUAAUUGUGUGUGGUGGUGAUGGUUCGCUAACUGGUGCUGACUUGUUCAGGUCUGAAUGGCCAUCCUUGUUGCAAGAACUGAAGGAGACUAGUAAGAUCACCUCCGAACAGUACACUAGGUACAAGCACUUGAACAUUUGUGGUACCGUCGGUUCUAUCGAUAACGAUAUGUCCACCACCGAUGCUACUAUUGGUGCUUACUCUUCAUUGGAUAGAAUUUGCAGAGCCAUUGAUUAUAUCGAGGCCACAGCCAACUCGCAUUCGAGAGCGUUUGUUGUAGAGGUUAUGGGAAGAAACUGCGGUUGGCUGGCCCUAAUGGCCGGUAUUGCUACUAGUGCUGAUUACAUUUUAAUUCCCGAGAAACCGGCCUCUUCUCGUGAAUGGGAAGAACAAAUGUGCGAUAUUGUCACCAAGCACAGAUCUAGAGGUAAAAGAACCACUAUUGUAAUUGUUGCCGAAGGCGCGAUUGCUAACGACCUAACACCCAUCUCUCCAAACGAUGUUCACAAGGUUUUGAGCCAAAGACUAAAGCUCGACACCAGAGUCACUACUUUAGGUCACGUUCAAAGAGGUGGUACUGCCGUCGCCUUUGACCGUAUUCUGGCUACCCUGCAAGGUGUCGAAGCUGUCAAUGCUGUAUUGGAGUCGAAUCCCGAUACUCCAUCUCCUUUGAUUGCUAUCAACGAAAACAAGAUUACCCGCAAGUCGCUUGUGGAGUCUGUCAGGCAAACGAAAUCGGUCGCUGACGCUAUCCAGGCUCAAGAUUUCAAGAAAGCCAUGGAAUUAAGAGACACAGAAUUUGUGGAACAUCUGAACAAUUUCAUGGCUGUAAAUUCUGCUGAUCACAAUCCCCCUAACUUACCACAGGACCAGAGAUUAAAGAUUGCCAUCGUGAACGUAGGUGCACCUGCUGGUGGUACCAAUUCUGCAGUCUACGCCAUGGCUACUUACUGUAUGUCACAAGGUCACAGACCAUAUGCGAUUUACAAUGGUUGGUCUGGAUUGGCCAGACAUGAGAGUGUCCGCUCUUUGGACUGGAAAUCUAUGUUGGGCUGGCAAAGUCGCGGUGGCUCCGAAAUUGGUACCAAUAGAUGUACUCCUGAUGAAGCUGAUAUUGGCUUGGUUGCUUACUACUUCCAAAAAUACAAGUUCGACGGACUGAUCAUUGUCGGUGGCUUUGAGGCUUUUGUGUCUCUGCACCAAUUGGAGAGAGCUAGAGACAAUUACCCAGCUUUCAGAAUUCCAAUGGUCUUGAUCCCUGCUACCCUCUCUAACAAUGUGCCAGGAACCGAAUAUUCUUUGGGUACCGACACAGCACUUAACGCGCUGAUGGAUUACUGUGACGUAAUCAAGCAAUCUGCUGCUUCCACCAGAGGCAGAGCUUUCGUGGUUGACGUUCAGGGUGGUAACUCUGGUUUCCUCGCCACGAACGCGUCUUUGGCAGUUGGAGCCCAUGUUUCAUACGUUCCUGAGGAAGGUAUAUCUUUGGAGCAGCUGUCCCAGGACAUCGAGACUCUUGCUGAGUCUUUCCAAACUGCUCAAGGAAGAAGGAGAUUUGGUAAGCUGAUUUUGAAGUCGAAGAAUGCUUCGAAAGUUUUCACGCCCGAGGUUCUGGCAGAUGUAAUCACUGCCGAAGCCAACGGGGUUUUCAAUGCCAAGUCUGCCAUCCCAGGACACGUCCAACAAGGUGGGUUGCCUUCACCAAUUGACAGAACGAGGGCCACUCGUCUUGCUGUAAAGGCCGUCGAUUUCAUUGAAAGUCGUCAGGAAGAUAUCUACAAGGCUCGUGCUGACGAUGACGAGUUUGAUCCAGACGACAAGGAAAUCUCCUCCACCGCAGCAGUUCUUGGUAUCAGAGGUUCCGACGUGGUAUUCACGUCCAUUAGACAACUUUACGAUUUUGAAACCGAAAUUGGUAAGCGAAUGCCCAAAGUUAUUCACUGGGAGAGCACUAGAGCGAUUGCUGACAGCUUAGUAGGCAGGAAAAAGGUUGACGUGAAAAACUAG